GGCCAAUCGGGUGGCGGCUGCGGGGGCGCCCGCUUGGGCGGCUCGGCCAAUGGGGCGAGAGCCGAGGCGGUCCCUUGAUCUUCUCUGCAUUUGGGGGAGAUCACGAGACCUUACCGAGUAGCGAUAGGCAUCUGGGCGGUCCAAUCGGCUCGCCGUUUCCACACCCGCUGAGGGAAGUCCCUUCAGACCUAGAGCGGAGGAUGAGGAAAAUCGGGGAAGGUGGAAUGUGACCAAAUCGGAGGAGGUGAUUGGCUGGAAGAGCCGUUUAUUCUUACGGAUCUGCCUGGCACCCCAGACUAGGCGGAGGGGAUUGGCUGAAGGGGGCACUCAUUUGCAUGGGGCGGCCCGGGAGGCGAACCGGGGCUAAAACGAUUGGCUGAGAGAAAUUCGUUUGCAUAGAUCUGCCUGGUUUCCUGAGGGAGACUUCUGGGAUUGGUUGGUGGGGGCCUUUUUUUGCUUGGAUCAGCCUAGUCCCCGACGCUGGAACGGCGGUGAUUGGCUGAGAGGGGCGCUCAUUUGCAUGAGUCUGCCUAGCUCCCGGACCCUGACUGCGGCGAUUGGGCGAGGGGGGCGUCCUUGAGCCGCUUGGCGCGCUCCCGGGUUUUGGCCGCCGCCGUCAUGUCUCUGGUGGCCGGGGUGAUUAGGCGCCUGGACGAAAAAGUCGUGAACCGCAUCGCGGCCGGGGAGGUCAUCCAGCGCCCCGCAAACGCCAUCAAGGAGAUGAUUGAGAACUGCUUGGAUGCCAAAUCCACAAGUAUCCAAGUGACUGUUAAAGAAGGAGGCUUGAAGCUGAUUCAGAUUCAGGACAAUGGGACUGGAAUCCGGAAAGAAGACCUGGACAUUGUGUGUGAGAGGUUCACUACGAGUAAACUGCAGUCAUUUGAAGAUCUGGCCUCCAUUUCUACCUAUGGCUUUCGGGGGGAGGCCUUGGCCAGUAUAAGCCACGUGGCUCAUGUGACUGUGACCACGAAGACGUCGGAGGCCAAGUGCGCCUACAGAGCAAGCUACUCGGAUGGAAAACUCAAAGCGCCUCCUAAGCCAUGUGCGGGGAACCAGGGGACCCAGAUCACGGUGGAAGACCUUUUUUACAACAUUGCUACGAGGAGGAAAGCUUUAAAGAAUCCCAGUGAAGAGUAUGGGAAAAUCUUAGAAGUUGUUGGCAGGUAUUCUAUACACAACUCAGGCGUCAGUUUCUCAGUUAAAAAACAAGGGGAAACGACGCCCGACAUUCGGACCCUUCCGAAUGCCAGCGUGGUGGACAAUAUCCGAUCCAUCUUUGGGAACCCAGUCAGCAGAGAACUGCUCGAGGUGGGCUGUGAGGACCCCGUCCUUGGCUUCAAAAUGAAGGGCUACAUCUCCAAUGCCAACUACUCGGUGAAGAAGUGCAUCUUCUUACUCUUCAUCAACCACCGACUAGUCGAAUCCACCGCAUUGAAGAAGGCCGUGGAGAGCGUGUACGCGGCCUACCUGCCUAAGAACACACACCCGUUUCUUUACCUGAGCCUGGAGAUCGCCCCCCAGAACGUAGACGUCAACGUUCACCCCACCAAGCACGAGGUGCACUUCCUGCAUGAGGACAGCAUCCUGGAGCGCGUGCAGCAGCACGUGGAGGGCCGACUCCUGGGCGCAAACUCCUCGCGCACCUACUUCACGCAGACCCUGCUUCCGAGCAUCGCCGGCUCCGUGACCGAGGGGCUGAAACCCGCCUCGGGGGGCUCGGCCUCGACUCAGGGCGCCGGCGACAAGGUCUACGCCCAGCACAUGGUUCGCACCGACUCUCGCGAGCAGAAGCUCGAUGCUUUUCUGCAGCCCAAGAGCAGACCCUCAGCCGGGCAACCCCCAGCCCGGAGUCCUGAGCGGCGGCCGGAGGCCCCGGCUGGCCGGCCUGGGGAGGAAAUGGAGGAGAUGGAGAUGGAGGAGGCACCCAAGGGCCCUGAGCCGGCAGCAGAUCUGAGGGAAAGGGACGGGCCACCGGCUAUCAGCACCCACCGGAAACGGCCGAGGGAAGACUCUGACGUCGAGCCGAUGGAGGAGGAAAUGACCGCCGCCUGCUGCCCGAGGAGAAGGGUGGUCAAGCUGACCAGUGUGCUGACCCUCCAGGAGGAGAUCAGUGAGAGAGGCCAUGAAGCUCUGCAGGAGAUGCUGCGCAAUCACUCCUUUGUGGGCUGUGUGACCCCUCAGUGGGCCCUGGCCCAGUACCAGACCAAGCUUUACCUUCUGGACACCACCAAGCUCAGUGAAGAACUCUUCUACCAGAUUCUCAUCUAUGACUUCGCCAACUUUGGGGUGCUGAGGCUGUCGGAGCCCGCGCCCCUGUACGACCUGGCCAUGCUGGCCCUGGAGCACCCCGAGAGCGGCUGGACCGAGGAGGACGGCCCCAAGGAGGGGCUCGCCGAGUACAUCGUGGAGUUCCUGAAGAAGAAGGCCGAGAUGCUCGCCGACUACUUCUCCCUGGAAAUCGAUGAGGAAGGAAACGUGACCGGAUUGCCUCUUCUGAUUGACAACUACAUCCCCCCAUUAGAGGGGCUCCCCAUGUUCGUCCUGCGGUUGGCUACUGAGGUCAACUGGGACGAGGAGAAGGAGUGCUUUCAGAGCCUCAGUAAGGAGUGUGCCAUGUUUUACUCCAUCAGGAAGCAGUACGUGGGGGAGGAGGCGUCUCUCUCUGACCCAGAGAAGGAAGAAGGCUCGGCCGCUGCUGGGUCCUGGAAGUGGACGGUGGAGCACGUGCUCUACAAGGCCUUCCGCUCGCACCUCCUCCCUCCCCGGCGCUUCUCCGAGGACGGCAGCGUCCUGCAGCUUGCCAACCUGCCCGACCUCUACAAAGUGUUUGAGCGCUGCUAAAGACCCAGACCCCGGCCCGGCCGUGACCGGCUCUCCGGACCGGACGGGCCACGGGCCGCCCCCUUGUGUUAGCCCUUCCCUCUCCCCACAGAGCAGCUGUGAAUAAAAAUUGUUGGUGACCA